AUGUCUUCUACGGAUAAUACUGAGCUGAUUCUUGCCGUUGUGGCUCUGAUCAUCUCUAUUCUAGCUUUUGUUAUAGCCAUCCUACAGGCUCUCCAACAGUAUUUUGCAUCGGCCACGGGAUAUUCUUCUUGCAGUGAAGCUGUAAUAGGAAAAUGGUCGCGCUUCUCCAGACGCCAGAUGCUUUGGUCCGAGUUCCGCAUCGAGGUACAUUUUGAAACACCCGUGCUAUUUGUCGCGAGGCCCGAAAAUACGAGAGGGCCACUCGGGAAUGAUGAAGAUUUUCGUCAAGAGGAUAGGAAAAUUAUACGCCUGGACGGCAGCCACGCAAAUCUCAAGUACACGCCAAGCACUGAAGAGUUUAAUGAGCAGCAAAAGAAAAAUAAGCAACAAGCUGUCCGUACAGCGGACAACGAAAACGCAACCUGGUGUCACAUGUUGAUGGCUAUCUAUCAAAUGGAGAAAGAGUCCCGUUCUUGGCAGAAAGAAUCGCUAGGGUAUCAGCCUCCUUGCGAUCCCUCACCCCCUCACUCAUUGGUUGUCUGCAUGCAGAGAAAGAAACGAGUCUGGGAUAGCAUUCCCCAAGGUCUCAGUAAACCUUAUGCUACAACAACUAUAUCGCAUCUGAUAGAGAUUGCUGCCAUGCUUGGCAUUCACUGGAAGAAUUUCGAUUUAGACAACGAUCGUUAUCGAGCUCAAGGUAAUGGCUUUGUCCUGUACGGCUCUUACAUCGACAAUUUGGGUAUAUCCUUCACCUUUCAAAAACAAGGGCCAACGGUGUUUGGACAAAAUCGUAUAAUUCCAAAUCACGACAUAAAGCAAUUGUGCUUUGGUUUGGCGCCGACAAUUCUCCAUCGGGAAAUGCUCAUCAAUGUCGAUGGCCAUGGGACUCAUGUAACUUUGCAACUUGGCAGCUUUGCAGAGAUUGCUGAUACUCUCGCAGAGUUCGGCUGUGAUAACAACACGAUUGGCUACUUUAGAAAAAACCCUGAGGAGGCCCGCCAUGCCCAUCUUUACCCUGUUCCUUUCGAAAUACUAGGCAUGGUCGGCCAAAUACUUCACAUCGAGGAUACUGCUUUUCGAAUGCUUCCGAAUCCCACAGUUUAUUUCUGGGAGCCCAACACAUUCUCUCUUCCCACUCUUACAAGUAACAUUGUUGCUAUAUUGAGGGAGACUCAAACAGAGACUACAAAUAUGGAGGAGAAUGACCAGAUUUCACAGCUAUUAGAUUGGUGUGACGAGAGUACAGAACAAAUUGAAAAGCCGCCCAAUGGAUCACUUCAUACUGAUAUCAGCGGCACAACAGCAGCCAACAAGAUUGCGCACUUACGUGGGGGUAUAGAGCUCUGUGAUCACUACUUGAAAGAGGUUGACAUGGUGAUGAUUUACCAAGUCGUUCGUGUCCACAUUCAGGAAGUUCUGGGGAUGCUAAAUGAGAAACCGGGCGACGGGCUUGAGGAUGAGAAUCAGGAUUCCAAUAUUAUAAACGAAUUUGAUUCGGCAACUGUUGACGAAAAACAUCAUCUUCUAGCACGGCUGUACUGUACAUCCGUACGGCAUAAUGUCAUAGAAACUGUGCAUAAGCAGCGGUCACAAUACAGCCAGAAAACAAACACACAGGUGACCAUUGCAAACGACAUGGUGGAUUCUGAAGCUACAAUGAAGCGCGAUAUUAACGAGAUAUGGUGUACUCUCAUAUUCCGAAUGCUUCACUGGCUUCAACUACACGACUUUCAUAAAAAGGACAUUCAAGUAAGCAAGCGUGAUGCAUACGACAGUCGAAUACCGGUAUACAUUCUCUGA